AUGAGCGACGGAGUUGUAUACGCCCAGGAUUCGCGUGUGUCGGGCUACGAGCCCCUCAUUUCGCCCAUGCUGCUCACACAUGAGCUCCCUGUGACAGAUAAGGCCAAGAACACGAUUGCCAAGGGCCGCUACGAGGCCGCCCAGGUCGUGCAUGGCAAGGAUGAUCGUCUGCUAGUGAUCGUCGGUCCAUGCUCGAUCCACGACGUCGACCAGGCGAAGGAGUACGCCCGUCGUAUUAAGGAGAAGUACGAUGAGCGCUGGAAGGACGGCCUUGUGGUGGUUAUGCGCGCCUACUUCGAGAAGCCGCGCACGACCGUGGGCUGGAAGGGUCUCAUCAACGACCCUGACCUCGACGGCUCGUACCACAUCAACCGUGGUCUGCAUAUUGCCCGCAAACUCCUUUUGGAGAUCACAGAGAUGGGCAUCCCUGUGGCCUGUGAAGUGCUCGACACCAUCUCGCCGCAGUACCUUUCGGACCUCUACUCGUGGGGCGCCAUUGGCGCUCGUACGACCGAGUCGCAGCUGCACCGUGAGCUGGUUUCGGGUCUCUCGCUCCCGGUCGGCUUCAAGAACUCGACCGACGGUGGUAUCGGUGUGGCCGUGGAUGCCAUCCGUGCUUCGUCGCAGCCGCAUGCGUUCAUGGGUGUGACCAGCCAGGGUUUGGCGUCGAUCGUGAAGACGACCGGUAACGAGGACUUGCACAUCAUCCUACGUGGUGGUAAGAAGGGUACGAACUACGAUGCGGAGAGCGUGCAGGCCAGCAAGGAUGAGCUGGUUAAGGCCAUUCCGGGCCGUCAUCCUAGCAUUAUGAUCGAUGUGAGCCACGGCAACAGCAACAAGGACUACCGCAACCAGCCGAAGGCCGCUGCUGUCGUCGCUGAGCAGAUUGAGCAGGGCCAGGACGCCAUUACUGGUAUCAUGAUCGAGUCGCACAUCAACGAGGGCAAGCAGGGCGAGCCCAAGGACGGCAACCGUGAUGCAUUGGCCUACGGUGUGUCGAUUACCGAUGCCUGUGUGAGCUUCGAGACCACUGUCGAGAUGCUCGACCGUCUGCACAAUGCUGUAUUGGCACGUCGUGCCAAGGCUGCCUCGGCCUAG